AUGCCAUGGCGUCCCCUGCCUCGGAUAGCCUUCGCGGUUGCUACCUACCCCUUCCAAGCCUCAUUUCCAGCAGAUCUCCCCCUCGAAAUAGGUGACGAGUUGUAUAUCAUUGAGCAAGGUGGCCAGGAUGCUUCGUGGUUCCGUGGAUAUCUCGUUGCCCCGCCCUCAUUGCUUGCUGGAUUGACAAGCGUCAAAGGACAAACAUUGGAGGCAAGCGUGUUCUCGGGUAUCUUUCCCAGAUGUUGUGUGGAGGUUCGAGAAGUCCUAGGAGAUGCUGGACUGGACGGACACGCGCAUGGCUUGGUGUCCAACGGCGACAGUCCGAGGUUUGACCACUCAAAUGGCGAAACUCCCCGACGCCAGGGCUCUUUGGCUCAUAACGGUAGCAUGCGCCGAAACCGGAGCAGUGAUAGUGCAGGAACGAGACCCGCCAUCAACGGAGGCAGCCCUAAAAUCUCGCCUGCCCUUCAGUGGCCAACCCGCACAUCUUCUCAACACCUGCCGAAUCCCACCAAUGGUAAGAUUCUCGCGCGGCAGCUGUCCCAUCGGUCCUUCACAAGCUUUCAGCCAAAAUCGUCACCAGGUCCAGUUACCCCAACGUCUGACACCUCACGAGCUCAAAAUACAAGGCGACCACAGGCCCCCGUCCCCAUGCUGAAGAUUGGCGACGAAACGCCCACUUCCAGCUCCGAGCCGUUGGUUGACGAGAUCGCCUCCUGCCUGCGCGAAUGGCAUUCCAAGAAUCUGCACGAGUUGUUGCUCGCUCGACGCUACUCCGUUUUGAAGAAAGUCUCAGAUCUGGUGACUCGUCUAGAUCUCGCUCGUAGGCAGCUUUUACAUGGCGUCCUUACAGCCCGAGAACUCGAUGCACUGCGGGAAGAGAUAGUCUGGAACCUUGCUGACGGCAACAAGAUGCUCAGCAGCGAGAUCAUCGUGCGGGAUCCGAAGCAGCGUGGUCGAUUGUUGACGGGGGAUGACUCGGCUAUUGAGAUGACGAAGCUUCAAUCCACGAUGAGUCUGCUUGAUAGAUCACCGGUUUUUCAACAUGACCCUAUCAAUCUUUAUCAUCUCAUGGUCGAUGUGAAAGCGUUGGCGAACAACGGCCUGGUUUCACCUACGCUUACAUUCUACCUCUGCUCUCGAAGUCCAGGAGAGCCGCCAAAAGCGCUCACGGAGUGCUUUGUUCUCGACCUCCCACCACAGGAAGAGUUCGAGAAGCUCGCCUCUGUAGGAAAAUAUCGGACGUUAUUCACUGAUCUGACAUCCAAUGAUAUUGGAGAUGCCUCAAGAUCAGACGCAGACCUGUACCUUGUCGUCAAGGUCCAAGCGAACCAAGCGAUACAAAAGUCUCCUUUCAGCCAACCGAGAAGGGCCUAUCCCGUUGACGAGAAUGCAUCUUCGUCGAGACCCAAUACCAGUGGCUUCUCAAAUUCAGCGUCGAUUAAGGGAGGUAGACAGAGUCUUAUGUGGGCACAGAAACAAUUCGGCAGUGUUCGAAGGGCCCAGAAUGAUUCCAGGACAACUCAAUUGCCAUCUACCCCAGAGUCCCCUUCUCUUGAAAAUGGUACAAGGCCUACAACUGGAGAUGGAUCCCGUCCCUCAACGCAACAAGGACCACAGUACGCGAAAAGAAGUAUUGGAGUUGGCGUCCUCAACGUCAAACAUCUCUUCAAGCAUGGCGUGACUGGAGAUCAAAGUGUAUCCAUCUGGAUGCCUGCUGUGGCAAAUGCGAGCGCGGAUACGUUGAAUUCAACAGACGACUGGGACGAAGUAAUUCGUGAAUUGGCCUCUAGUCGCAAUGGUGGAUACACCAGAUGCAAAGGUAUGGAGUACGUUCGUCUGGCUUUUCAGUCUUUUGCGGAUCCAGACGCGAACGACCUGAUUGAUCGGACCCCUACCUUACUCCAGAACAUUGUCCCUACGCCAAAGACAGACUUCCCAGGUACUCCCACCAAACCCCGGUCCGAUCUCUAUGUCCGACUAUCUGAAGUAUUCUUACCUCAUCAAGCCUUGCUAUUACACCCAGACCGCGGCACCGUACACAUCGCGUCAAGCUUGGAGUUGAAGAAUGUUCAACUCACACUGGAAGUUCGUAAAACGUCUGGUGAGCGGAUAGAGCGCUGCAUCUUCCCGGGGUCCAAUAGCCUGGGACAAACAGCAUGGCGUACGUCUGCGGUCGAGAGAAGUGGGCGUUGGGAUCAGAUGAUCAAACUCGUCAUACCUACUGAUGAUGUGCGUGGGGCCCAUCUGAUAAUGAGCAUAGCCGAUGCUCCCGGGUUUCCAUUUGCGCUGAGCUGGAUGCCUCUCUGGACAGAGGAGGCGUUCGUGAAAGACGGGUCUCACGCGCCUCUAUUAUAUGUGUACGACAAAGUGACUUCGAGCUCAGAUAAUGGCCGAGGAGCUUACCUGGCGUUGCAAUGGAACUCAAAAGGCAGGUACGGAGACGUGAAGGACGAGAUCUUGACCGGGCCACUUGCUACACUAAAGCUCGAAACUAAAUUGUGCAGUACUUUCUUCUCACAAGAUACGAUUUUGCUUGGGAUCCUGAGGUGGAAAGAGCAAUCGGAAAGCCAGAUUCUUGAUCUUCUAGAACGCUUCCCGUUCGUGCCAGAGAUCGAGAUCGUCAAGCUGGUUAACGAUGUCUUUGAUGCUUUGUUCAGCAUCCUCGCAGGAUACGAUGGUAAGGACGAGUGCGAGGACUUGGCUUUCAACGCUCUUGUAACAGUCUUGGGCAUUGUACACGACCGUCGAUUCAAUCUAGGGCCUUUUGUGGAUACUUAUGUGGAAACGAGAUUCGAUCACCCCUUCGCGACCCCUUGCUUGAUAAGGAGCUACCUUCGGCUCUUGGCAAAUCCGGCCGAUCCAAGUAAAUCUAGGCGUGUUCGCGCAGCAUUUAAGGUCGGCCGUCAAUUGCUAAAAUUCAUUGUGUGCGCUCGGAGGAAGCAAGAGACUAGAGAGGCAGGCAUCGGUGCCAAUACGGAAGUAACGUUUAGACGAGAUGUCAAGAGCAUCUUCGGCGCCUUCAAUGGUUUGAUGGAGGACUCGUCACCAAUACUAGUUGGCAGCAAAACUAUCGUAGUCCAGCACAUGCAUUCCUGGCUUCCUGAACUCAAAGGCUUGUUCUCUGAGGAAGAGAUCCUCCAGAUUGCUACAGACUUUCUAGAAUCUUGUACAGGAGUAGAGGGCAAACUGAUCUUACAUAAGCUGGUUUUCAUCCUCAACCUGACAACCGACAGUUUGUUCUCAACAGGUGACGUCCAGCAACAGGUCUUAAUUGCUACUGCGGAAUGGAUCGACUCAUACUGGGGUGUUAGCGACGACUCAACCCAAUGGCGAGAGCAAGUGCGGCUGUGCUGCUCUAUUGCUGCAAAACAAGCAGAACAGCCUUAUUUCAGGGACCCUGGGUAUUUUAGAAAAGCGAUAGAAUCCUACCACAGCCUUUUGUUAUCCGGCAAACCGAAGAAUGACCAGCUCUCGCUUCUAUAUCCUACGACCUACCCAUUUUCUUCAAAACCUCUUGCCAGUCCUGCAGCCUUUGACGAAGCGAUCACGGAGCUCGCUGGGCUACUCGCAUCUUUAGCAGGCGCACACCUUCCAUCGCAGCGUGUAGGUGCAGAGAUCGAAUAUACGAAUCUGCUGUCCUCUAGCCUGGACGUCGUCAUGUCAAUCCUAUCUGGUGGUGCUUUCCCCAAGGAAUGGUUGAGCUUAUACAUCUUCCACCACAAAGCGUCGCUGCAGAUCCUCCAGUCGCUUUUCGAAGGAAUGGUGUCCAACUACAUCCCUUUCAUUGAUGAUGCGGACGAUUUCAACACAGACCUUUGGAGCCAUUACCUUCUGACUCUACUCACGCUUGUCAGAAGUGACACAUUGGCACUAGAGACGUUUCCCGAGCAGAAGAGGCGAGCAGUGUGGAAGAUUGCCGGAGAUGUUCGAGAACAGGGCGCAGGUUUACUCAAACGUAGCUGGGAAGCUAUCGGCUGGGAAGCGAGCCCAGAGGAGCAGAAACGAUACGGACUGCCACGCCUGGGUGGAUACCAGGUGCAGUAUGUGCCAAGCCUUGUGGCACCGAUCAUCGAUUUGUGCCUGAGUGUGCACGAAGGCUUGAGAAGCGUUGCUGUAAGGAUUCUGCAAGCUAUGAUCAUUAGCGAAUGGAGUUUGAAUGAGGACCUGUCCGUUAUUCAAGCUGAGAUGAUUGAUUGCUUCGAAAAUUUGUUCAAAUCAAAGAACAUCGGAGAGAGCCUGGUCCAGAAGAUGUUCGUUAACGAGCUGCUUGACAUGUUUAAGUCUCUCGCAAGCACUCCUGGUGAUCCAAUGUGGCAGGCCAUCAAGGAUAUGAUAUCAACCAUCGAUGAGCUUUUGGAACUUCUGGCGGCCGUGCACAGUCCUAAUAUAACAGAAUCCCUACGGAUAAUGAACACCCUUCAGCUGAUGAAUUUUCUCAAAGACAUGCAGAAAGAGGACAUGUGUAUACGCUAUGUACACCAGCUAGCAGAAGUACAAGCGAGGCUACAUAAUAAAACCGAGGCCGGCUUGGCUUUGCGCCUCCAUUCGGAUCUAUACACCUGGGAACCGACGAGUCUGAAACCGCUUACGGACCCAGCGUUUCCUGAGCAAUCAUCGUUUGAUCGCAAAGAGCGGCUUUACUUCGAAAUGAUCAAGUACUUUGAAGAAGGCGAAGCUUGGCAUAGUGCUCUAUCAAGCUACCGAGAACUAGCCAAUCAGUAUGAACAUUCUCACUACGACUUUGCCAAGCUCGCAAGAACACAACGGGCCAUGGCGAAAAUCUACGAGACCAUAUCGAAGAGUGAAUGGCAGGUACAUCGAUACUUCAGGGUAACAUAUCAAGGUCUCGGAUUCCCACCCAGUCUCCGAGAUAAGCAGUUUAUCUACGAAGGCGAAGCGUCGGAAAGACAGUCUGCUUUCACGGAUCGGAUGCGACAAUUACACCCAGCUGUCCAACUGUCAUCCAAGGAAGAGGCCGAGGAUGAAGAAGGUCAAUACCUUCAAAUCUCCUCCGUGAGCGUCUAUCGAGACCUUGAUCACCCAAUUUACCAGCAACCGAAGGUAGUGCAAUCGACCAGAGAUUACAUAUCGUCAGCAAGACCAGACUGCUUUGCAGUCACCUCGAAACGACAUUUCCCGGCUUCGGGGGUCCAGAAUCAAUGGAUCGAGAAGACGCUUUACAGAACAAAAGAAUCAUUCCCAACGAUAUUGCGAAGGAGCGAAAUCGUUGCUGUCGACGCAACGCGUCUUUCACCUUUGCAAACAGCUGUAGAGCGAACUGCGCGGAAGACUUCAGAGCUGGCCACGCUCGAUAAGCGUAUCACUAGUGGUGAUGAGUCGAAUUCCAUUGGCCUUACUGAUGCUAUUCUUUCUUCUGUCGACCCGUCUUCGGCUGCAACAGUAGCUCAGUACCGCCAGCUUCUACCUACAGUACCCGAAGAAGCUGAUGAAGACAUUGAGAGGCCUGCGCUCUCACCGCUUCAGAAUGCUCUUCAGAUUGCACUUCUCGAUCAUGCCUCCAUAUUGAAGCACUGUCUUUCCCAUUAUGUGGGUUCCGAUCCUGCUCAUACACGAGCCUCCCUGUCCGAGCUCUUCCGAAGGACUUUUUCUCCGGAAUUGGCGCUCCUGGCGCCUAAUCCUACACCAGACCAACAUCACCUCUUCACUCCACCACCUCACUCCUCUGCGGGCAAUCCGUCGUCGGUCACCCCGAUUCUCACUAACGGCACCAAUCACAUUUCUGAAGAGCUACCUUCAGAACCUCGCUCUAGGCCUCUUUCGCUCCUCAGCUUCAGCUUCCUCAAGAACUCAACUGCAAACAUUCCCAAGGCGAAUGGUUCAUCAGUUUCCGCGCCCUCUGAUGAUGGUACAUUGUCUUCAGGAAAGUACAGCCAAGCUGUCAACAGUUCAAUUCACAACUCCACAUCAGCGAAUACAACAGCGCCUCUGCCUAUGGAAGCGAGCGCCGAGAGGCCGACGACAGCGCAAAGUGGGCGUUCCGGCAAAGUGAAAAGGAGGUUCAGCCGGCUAGGACUGAGUAGGAUGGUCAGCGCAAGGGACAAGACGAAGGCUGACUCGAUGAACGGAGUCGCCGAGGAGUAG